AUGUCUGCACCCCACGACCAGAACCGUCAUCCCCGCCGCCGUCCUCUUAAGGGUUCCGCAUCCCCUCUGAGCACCCAUGGCAUGCAGCUAAGGAAGAGCGGCACUUUCUCGUCGCCAACCAAUAUCUCGUCCGACAUCUGCGAGUUGGACCGAUUCUGCAUGCCCCGCCGCUCGCCUACCAACACUGACCGGCUGGAAGAGCUAGUCAACGACUCCAUCCAGGACCCUAACGUGCGUCGCGUCACCAACCUGCUCAAAGACUUCGAAGCGAAGGUCGCUGGCCAUAAGAGCACUGUUACCAGCUGCGACCUUCUCAACGAUCCGGAGGUUCUUCCUGUCCCGAGCUUUAUCCUCGACAGCGCCCCAUUGGACCACACCCCAAUGGACAUUGACCCAAAGCCUACUGCAGUUGCACGCAGCCCCCACGACCACGCUUCUGACAGCGGUCUGGGUUCCAGCAUCAGUGGAUCGAAAUACGGUAAGGAGUCACUGCAGCCACCCGUCUUGGAUGAGAACGCCCCACAUACUAACAUAUAUAAAGACGAGAUUCGCUCCCAGCGCUCGAGCGUCCGUGACUCCAUCAGCACUUCUAUCAGCUCGACGCAUUCGGCUGUCACCAGGUCCUUCUCAUCGCUCACCUUUUCAGAAGAGGACGUGCUCGGCGAGCACACGUGCAAGCAGAUCCACGACUACAUCAUCAAGCCCAUUCUCGCCGAGGAGUCUCUCAAGGACUUCCACUCCCUCGUCAAGGACGUGCCUCGACGCAUAGGUCAGAAGAAUAUCCGCAAUCUCCGUGACCUCGAGAAGACCCUCGUCUUCCUCGCACCCGUAAGUGGAAUCACCCAUUGUCUUUCUCAAAGUGCAGAAGCUUAUUGCAUUUUUCGUGGUUUAAAGGAGCUGUCGGCUUCCCCGGACUCGUACUUCCGCUUUUGCCAACGAUCAAUCCAACUCUUGGCUACGACCGUCCAGUACAUCUCCGAACAAGACCAGCGACUACCAACCGACCGCCCUUAUACUGACGGCUACUUCCUCGAUUUGAUGGAACAGAUUAGACGAUACGCUUCAAUCAUGGCUGCUACAAGAGAAAAAGAAACCAAGGGUGAGGAUCUGGACGAGAUGGAUUACUCACGGUAUGACCGCGCCGCCGACUUUUUAUUCGCCCGCGCUAAUCAAAAACUCCAUAGCGAUGAGAAGAUCACCCUCCGCGGUGGCAUCAGCCACAACGGCCGUCCUGUCGAGCUCGUCCGGGAGAAGAACGGUAACGUCAUCCCCAUGUCAGUGGAUGCCUCGAACGCCUUCAGGAUCAAGCGUCGUCUGUCGGACGCCGACGAGGACAGCAUGGACGAGGACGAAGUAACCCGAUCCAUGGCGCGACGACGGAAGUCCGAGAAACCCGGAGACGUGAUGCACACUUGCCGUGACUGCAAGAAGGAGUUCAAGCGACCAUGCGACCUGACCAAGCACGAGAAGACUCACUCUCGCCCAUGGAAGUGCGACGAGAAGAACUGCAAGUACUUCGAACUCGGCUGGCCGACUGAGAAGGAGCGUGAUAGGCACAUGAACGACAAGCACUCUGCUGCUCCUGCUCAGUACAAGUGUCUCUACCACCCAUGCACGUACGCUUCGAAGCGCGAGUCCAACUGCAAGCAGCACAUGGAGAAGGCUCAUGGCUGGGAAUAUGUUCGCUCCAAGAGCAACGGUCGCAAGAAGGGCGCUUCUGGCAGCGAUCACAGCCCCGCUACCCCUCUCACUCCCUUCAUCGGUACACCCAUGUCGGCGACCAUGACUACACCUAUCACACCAUUCGCUGCUUCGCCUCAAGUGCCCAUGAUCGAGAACUUCAACUGCUAUGGCUUCGGAACGCCGGCUAUGAGUGCCCACGGUUACCAAGAUGACUUCCGUCGUGACUCGAUCACCACCGAUGGCUCUCACUUCACAUACUCGUCAGGACAUUCGCCCGUUGAGCCCACAUCCUUCGACGAUGCUGUGACGCCAGAAGACACCCAUAUUAACCACAACGACAUCUACAACGCCUGUGCACUGAACGCAAACUUCAACACUGGCUACCAGCAGCCAACCCCAAUGAGCACGGCGUUUGACUUUGCGCCGUUGCCAUUUGCGACGAACAACAACAUGAACGGUCUGCCACAUCUAUCACCUAUGGCUCAGCCUGACAUCACCCUCUACUCACCAGACAUGGAUGAGGGCUUUGGCGGUGACAUGGACAUGACCAUGCAAGGCUUCAGUCGCCCCGGCCAGGACUUCACGUUGUUCGACACUGCGCCACCCAGCCAGAUGACGUUCAACCACACGGCCAACUUCUUUCCCGAUUUCAACCAGGUUGGAGGCCAGUUCGACCCCCAAUACAUUGAGCCCACCACUACGUUGGAUGAUUUGAACUUUAUGGGCUUCGGGAACCAGCAGUAA